AAAUGUGUAAAUUAUAUCUGAUACGUUCAAAUAUUUAAUCAAACCUGACAUUCGUUCAUAUCCGAAUUACUGUCGUCAUCUCGUAUGACUUAAUGCAGGUUUGUAACAACAGUUGUCUGAAUGAGCUUAUUUUCUAUUGUGCUAUCCAUGACAGGUGUAAUAUUUGGCGGGGGGAUAAGAAGUCAAAUGAAUAUGUUUAUAGACAGGCGCAUCUUUCUGUAUUAGCUCGUUGUGUUAGCACGCGCACAUUUCUCGUUGGCUCGCUCACUGUUCUGCUGUCACGCGCGUGUGAAUGCUCUGUUUGUCUACAUGUUGCGAGGGCGCAUCCUGCUUGGCAGCGCUUGGGCUCUCGGCUUCAAACUGUGCGAACCGCUGCUCUUCCCCAACCCCCGUUACACUGCUCAGGCAACGAGGGCGGGGCCAGCCCAAAUAAAUGUGGGGAGGGGAAAAAACGAAGACAACAAACCUUAAAAAUGUAGGCCACGGCGCGUGACCCAGUUCCUCAUGAACAACACAGCGAGUGUGAAUGUGGAGCAUGGUUAUUAUCCCCCACGCCCGGCACGGUUCCAGGGCGGUUCUACAGUGUGUUUUUUCUCUCUGUGCCAGGCAAUGUUCGGGGGCUUUUAGAAAUAUGAAAAAGAAGAAAGACAUGUUACAUUUAUCCAAUUUGCUGUUUAAAAUAGCAACAAGCCUGGCCUGUGGAGAGCAAACCCAACCAGCCAUCCACCCACCCACCCUUACUGUGUGAAAUCCACACCCCCUCAAGGAGAGCAGUGAGGUCACAGAAGACGAAAGCACCAUUGUGCAGUCAGAGGGAUGGAGGACAGGAGGCACCUGCCACCAGAUGGAGGUGGCAAUGCCAAACGCUCCGCCUCAGCUGAGUGUGACACAGAGGAUAGAGCAGUCAGGAAGGAGCAGGGUGACCCUGAGACCUCCACACAAUUGCGUGUGAGAAAAGAUGAUCUCUGCGAUGUUCCUCGCAAGGUGCCUCGUUUCCAGUAUGUGGAUUUCCCUUCCCUGCACCAGUGCAUCCAACAGCUUUCUGUGCCUCCGCUGAAUGGCUGGUUGGGAUCCUGCUCAUUGGCGAAGGCACCAAACUACAGGCCCGCCAGUCCUAAGGAAAAGGUGCCCAAGUUUAAAUACGUGGACUACCCAUCUCUCCACCACUGCAUUCAGCAGCUGUCUGUGCCUCCAUUAGAAAGCUGGAGUGCAGGGCUGGUCAGGUUUAAUGCAGAAGGGAAACAAGACGGCUCUGGGUCACAGAAGAGGCCCUCUCAACCUGGGACUGUGAAGAAUAACAUAAGCAAUGAGGCAGGAGAUCAAAACGAGGACAGGAGUAGAGUUACAGCAUUUUCUUUCCCAAGAAACACACACAACUCAGUCUCAGGCAAGGAGGAAAGGCCUCAACACGACUACACCUUAGAGGUGCCACAGAGGUUAGAGAAAGGUAACACACCUCUAAGGUCCCGUGCUACUAAACCAGAUGCUGCUUUGCAAUCAGAUUGCAGAUCCAGAGCAGAAUCUGGUUCUGGAUCUCAUAGCGACGCAGCAGUUGUGAGAAACGACAGACCGUCGGUUAUUAACAUGGUGCACACGGAUAAGCAGAAGCACUGGAUAACAGCAGAUCACCUGGAAGAACAAUUGAACUCUCCAGAUUCAGUCGGACGGGUACCAUGGAAAACCGUCCCGGAGUCAGUCUGCCCAUUCUGCCAACAGAUGUUCACAAACCCCGAGCAGUUCAGGGCUCAUCAGCGGAGCCAUAGAGAUAAGAGACCAAACUGAUGUGCAGAGGUACUGAGUGAGAACUGCUUUUGGCAAACAGUUAAUGCCACAUCAUAUGGAAUCGAAUCAUCAGAGGCCUUCUUGUGUUGUGACUGGCUAUAGUGGCAUUGCUGGCAGGACUAUAGGGAGAUCGAAGACACAUCAAGCACAUUAGACAGUUUGGGUUCAGACCUUAGGGAGAAUGCAAGACUUUGUCUUGACUGAUGUUGUGAAGUCUAAAAAGGCAGAACUGCAAAGACAGAAACACACAUUGCAUACAAUAAGCAUGCACAUACAGUGCACUUGCGAGAGUGCCGACACACUCACACACACGCAGAGUAUCCUAUUCAUGAUUCAGAAGAGGUCAAUAUUUACUGCCCCACAUAAGGACCAUCAGACAUAAUGGGGUUUCGGCUCAAGACGGGAUUAGAACCAGAUUUAUCGUCUCUUCCACACAUAUAUCAGCGUGUUUACAGGGGUGGGUGAAGCUCGAUGGACUGGUGCGUAAGAGGAUGAAUUUUAUUACAUGUGUUCCCCACACUGUGUGCAUGGUGGCAGGCUAAAUAUUUAGCUUUGGGUGCCUACAAAAUAAUGGCUAUUGUUAAUGCUGCACAAACAAACAGGCUUGAUGAUAAUGAUUUGUUACGUUAGCUUUUUAUUGUUUUGUACUUUUUAUGUUUUUGGAAAUUAAUGUCUAGUGGCUUUGAGCUAGUAGCUUUAAAUCUUAAAAAUGUACCGCUUGUUUUCAAGUGUUUAAUUGUGUGAGUAAAGAUUUUUCAUACAGAAACAAAUGUUCGAAUUUUCAGUACAGGUAUGCCCUCUACAAGAAAACCUGUUUGACAGGUUAGCGCUCAGUUUCGUAGAUGAAGUAUUUUAACUUUAUAUAAACAAAGGAGCUAAUCCAAAAUCAACAACUGCAGUGACACAACUCAUUUUAGGAAUGGAACAUUUAAAAAUGGAUUUUAGAUAUUGUGAAAGACAGCAAAGGUCAAGUAUUUCACAUUUGAUCUGAUUUUAAAGUUAGAGAGAAACAGUAACAUUAAUAGUUCAUUUUAUGAAACUCACAGACAGUUUACACAACCAAAUUUCUAUAUAUAUUUACAAAGGAAUAUUAUGGAUUUUAUUAUGGACUGUAUAUUUUAAUUUACAAAUACACAGAUUUCAAAUCACUAAAAGUUUAAUGAUCAUGAAUCUCCAGGACUUUCCAGAGAUCAGCUGUGGGUUUUCCUGUAUGCAAACACUGUUGCACUUUCAUUCCCACACAGAACAGAUCGACAGGACAGCACAGCACAGCACAUAUAUUUGCAGUGAGGGUUUUUAAAUAAUCUCAUACAGAUACGAUGAAACGUACUGGAAGAACCACAAAAAAACGUGUGAAAAAUGAAGGUAUAAACGCAAACAAAGAAGAGCUAAGAAGCGUGAGACAAACGGUUAUACGGUGGAAUGGAAGAGGACAAACAACACUGGGAUCUGGUAUUUGUUGUUUAUUAACCAUUUACAUUUGAAUGGUAAAUUAUUAACAAAUUUGUUUAUAAAUAUAUUUACAACCAUGGGAAAAUUACUUUCACUUUCACUUUGUCCUGAGAAUACAGUACGACGCAACAUGCCUAAUCAAUGCUUGUUAUUCUUAUUGCACAUUUCGUUUGUUAUCCUAUAAACUGCCAAUCAUUGUUCUGUAGGAUAUUCACAAGUGUAUGAUUUGACUGAUGAUCUCAGCAAGGAGGAAAAUAUUUUAGAGGUGAGAAUACGCUUACAUUAAAUACAUUCUAUUGAUAGCUUAUAGCUUAUAACAUGGUUGCAUCAUAAAACCAGUCAAAUAUACAAAAUAUCUGUAAAAAGGUGUUUAAAAAUGGCAGGUCAGCUUAAAGACAGUGAUGGUGGUCAAGUCUUAUCAGAUUACUUAUUGUAUCUUCUGUCUGGUCUGUGAAGGUGCUUUCUCCUCUCUCUCAAACUCAAUCAAUAAUGAAUAACCAGUCUGUAAACACUUCUGGAACUCAGGAAGAUGGAAACACACUAGAUACAACAAACACAGUAAGCACUGUAUAUUAACUUCAUUUCAUUGUCACCAACGGCAUCUGAACCAAACUCAACAUGGUGUCAUGAAGUUGUAAAUCUUUAUUAAUUUCCACCCAUGUCUUGCAUUUUUCCAAAGUGCCCGGUUUGUUUCUCUGCACUUAAACCUGCAUGUAUAAAGGGCACUACUGAACUGCUUCAGUGCACUCGAUGCCUGACCGCUCAGCUCCUAUGUGGCUCCUGCCUUUACCCCUGCACUUCUACUGCCUGCACCAACAAGCUGUGCCCCCUCGUCUCCACACUGCUAACCUGUGACUUGGUAUUAGAUCCAAAGAGCAAAGUGUUUGGUUGUCCAACGUUCAGAGCUUGUCCUAAAUGUCAUAAUCUGAUUAUGCAUGCAAAAGGAUGCAAGUUUGUAACAUGCGCAUCAUGCUUUCACCGGUUUUGUUUCAUCUGCUUGGAAGAUGAUUGUAGCAAGGAUAAAGCAAACUACUGGAAACUAACUUGCACAAAGCCGAGAGCAGAAAGACAGAGAUUUAUGUCACCACAAUCCUAAGAGAUUCCUCCCAGGGUUGGACAACAUUGAAUGAAUGAAUGAAUGAAUGAGGCACAGUGUCUAAAAUGCUAAUGCAAGAUUUGUUAAUUGCUAUACAGAAGUGAUCAGUAACAGAAUUUUCACAAACUGAUUCAAUCUACAAAAAUAAAAUAAAAUAAAAAUUUAUAAAAAUGCAUCGAUCCCAUCUUUCCCCAAUGUUUUGAAUCUAUGCUAUACCAUGCACCUGACUAACUUGGACUUUGGAUAGCAGGCAUAACAACUCAAGGAAAACUCAAUAAAGUAGCACUAGUUGACACUUGCUGAUUUGUAUCUUAUUAGUGAAACUGACUGUACAUUAUCUUUAUAUGACUCUCUGCCACUCUACUUCUUUUAUACCUAAAAUGUCAGCAACCUUAUCACUUAAAAUAACAGCUCAUGGUGCAAUACAGAAAGACACAUGCACCGUUCCAUUUUAAGUAUUGCUGCAUCUAAGGAUUCUUCAUAGCAACCUAUUAUUUUUUCAGUUCUAUAUUACUUACCAUUUUACUUAUUUCCCUUGCUAUUGUAGUGUUUUUAUUGUUGUUUGAGUGGUUUCAAGGGUCGACACAAGUUAGAGAUAAGAGAAUGCCUCCAUUUCAAGGAUUUCAAUGGUUGGCAUAACACUUGUUGGAUUUGUGCUGAUCAAAGUACAGAAGGGAUGAAGUUCAGAUGAAGUCUGAGCACCGAAACUUAGGCGACUAAAGGCUGGAAGACACUACAUGACUUUUAAAAUCUGAACAGAUUUUAAAGCGCUAGGCAUCAUACACUUUCCAACUUUGUAUAUAGUCACAUACACUACAUGAUUUUCACUGAAAUCUGUGGGGUGGGGGGUUGGGUGUUGGGAAAAAGUCUUGUAGCAUAUUCUAAGCCUUAGAUUAUUACAUAAAACUUUUUUUUUCUCAUUUUUUAUCAUCAUUUCAUCUCAUGCUUUCGGAGUGAGAUUCAAUCUAACAGUAUUCAUAUUAAAGUCUUACACAACAAAGUAUUGUCCAGAUUCAGGGUCUUAUUGUCAGGCACUUUAAAUCUUAGGGAAAUAUAGAUAUUUUUGAAAGGCAUUAAGGUACAAUCGAUAUCAAUUUGACAGAUGCUUUUACCUAAAGCAGGGACAGUCAUUUCAUGGAUAAAUCCAGGAAUAUAAUCUCAAAGGGAUUGUUCACCCAAAAAUGAAAAUUAUUUUAUUUACCAUCAUGUCAAUUCCAACCCAUUACACUUCAUUCUUUGAAACACAAAUUAUGAUAUUUUUAAUAAAACAUGUUUUGUCCCUCCACUGAAAGUCUAGGUAACUAAAAUUUAUAAGAUCCAAAGAAGCCACAAAGGUGUUGUAAAACAAAUCCAUAUGAAUCAAGAGGUUUAAUCCAAGUCUUGUGGAUUCAACAUAUAAACACACAAACAUAAAGUGCAUCAUGUUUGGUAAACAUGGAAGCUUGUGCAUGUGUCACAAGCUACAUCAAACAUCAUUGAUUAAGCUUCUACACUCUCAGAAAUAAAGGUACAAAAGCUGUCACUGGGGCGGUACCUUUUCAAAAGGUACACUUUUGUACCUAUUAUGU